AUGGACAGGCCCUGGCAGGACAAAGCGUACCAUCCCACCGCCCGGCCCCUCGUACCGUUCACACCGCCCUCCCCCGAGGACCAUGGCCUCCUCCAGCGGCAACUACAGGUCCUCAGUACAUCUAUACGCCGGGAGCCGUACAACUUCCACAGAUGGCUCGGGCGCGCAGACAUCCUUCUAAAGCUCGGCUAUCCCGAGCUGGCUCUAGGGGACUGCUACAGGGCGCAGAUUCUAUUGUCACGGCGUCAUCCAGACAAUCAUGUCAGGAAUGAAGGAGAAUGGCAAGGUCAACUCCGGAGUGGGAUUCCGUCCGCGAGGGACACGCAGCUUCAGGCCCAGGCACACUCCAGCCAAAAACCAGACGAGCAGUCAGACUAUGAAGGUCCGAGCGUGACAUUGACAGAAGACGACACACCGGAAUGUACCCUGCUCGAACACUUCCACCGAGCAUUCCUCCAAUCAAAUUCCCUCGCGCACGCACUCGCGACCUGCCUCAGAGGAAUGAGUCGCUUUCCCCACCACGCGUACUUCCAGGACACCAUGCCCAUGACAGAAUGGUUGUGCGACCGCACCAGAGCACAGGCUGUCGCCGAACCCCAACGCAGCCGUGCUGAGCAACAUGAGACGCAGUGGGGCGGGAGCGUGCUGAUGAGAGCGUAUCCGUGGAUGAGUGAGGGCGUGCUGUGGCGGGAUGAUGACGUUGUUGACGUUGUAAGGGGGCAGGUUGAGCGUGCGUCUGGCGGAAGGUGUACGGUAAGGCGACGGUCGAGGGCCGAGGCGGACGAGGACGAGGACGAGGACGGGCUGGGCAUGUUUGCUGUGAGGGAGAUUGAAGUGGGAAGCACGAUUCUUAUCGACCCAUCGCCGGUCGGUACGGCUAAGGUAUGGGAGGGGCGGUGUGAGUGCUGCUACACGCCUCUGCCAGAUAGACCGGCAAGGGUCAACUGCUGCAACACCCCAUUUUGCAGCGCAAAGUGCGCUGAUCUGGCCAUGGCAACGUGUCAUCCCGCCCACUGCAACAGACCAAACCCAGUAUCUCCCACGCAAGAUGCCUCGUCACUUCUCUCCGCAGACUCGCUGGGCCGCCUGCAAGUCCUACGCCGCAUGCUCGCAGUGAUCAUUCACAGCGGCGCUGCAGACCCGCUGCUCGCACCCACAAUCCGCCACCUGAAGCCGCAAUACCGCCUCUCUCGACCAAUGUAUUUCAACUACCACACCAACAUUAUCAUCCCCUUCCAAAUCCUGGAGUCGCUCGGUAUCGACAUCUUCUCCGAUACGCGCUUCGACACCUGGGUCCUCCACACCAUCGUAUUGCGUCUGAAUAAUAAUCAGCACGGCGGGGAUUUCGGGACAGAGGAUAAGACCAUGGCGUUGAGCCCGCUGUAUUCACUGUUCAAUCACAGCUGUGCGCCGAAUGUGAUCUACCGCAAUGUGCGUGGGGGUACGACUGUGGAAAUGGUGGCAGAGCGGAAUGUAGGUUUCGGCCAAGAACUUUGCAUCAGCUAUUUGAGUGAUGUCGGGGAAAGGCCUAGGGCGGAGAGACAAGCUUUGAUGGAGGCUUGGAUAGGCGGAGAGUGUCAAUGUGACCGCUGUACUGGAGGCACAAAAGGUUGGAUGUCCUCGAUAGUUUUGCCAGGGCCUCAGACUCCCUAG